AUGAGAAAUAGGUCUCCAAAGCUUAAAGAAAAAGCUCUUUAUUACUCUAGAGACAAUGAACCAAUUCCUAAGCCUUUUGUAAAAUUAAUUGAAAAACAAAAAGAAAAGCAAGACUAAAAGUGGAAUCGUUAUUAGGAUGGCAAAUUCUCGACUCCACAAAAUUUAUACUCCAGUCCAACUAAAAGACCUAUCUUUGCUUUUUCCAAUAAUUUUACUGUUCCUAAACGACUCUUUUUUCCUACUACUCCUUCACACACAUAAAAUCUUACUCCCAAUAAAAUUGAAGAUUAAAAUUUUGAAGAUUCUCAUUAAUCUGCCAAACUAAAUCAAUAACAAGAAAAUAAUUCAAGAAAUUAAUCAUAAAUCAAUCUUUUCGAUAAUUAAAUCCUCAAUGAAGAAAAAAAUGAAUUUUAGACACCAGCUUAAUUUGAUGCUUCACCUGAUAUUCAAAUAAUCAAAUAAGAAGAAUAAUUAAAUCCACAAGAAGUUAAGGCAUCUAAUAAUAUUUCUAAUCAAUUCAUUACACUAGAAUAUCAAUAACCAAUAAUUGAAGAUCAUUCAAAAUCAGAAGCUCUUCCUUCUAUUCAAUCUAUUAAUUAAGAAAUCAAUUAAUAUUCUUUGAGUAUUCAAACUAAAAUUACUGAACUUUCAUAUUUAAAAAAUGUUCAUACAUAACAAUUCAUCAAAUUACUCUAUUAAAUAUAUGAAAUUUUAAAAUAAAUUGAAGACUCAACAGACAAACAAAAAAUCACUUUAAAAACAAAAAUCCUUUAAGAUUUAAUAGCUUUCUUUGCCACUGUUCUUCCAGAAUUAGAAUGCAAAAUAAUAUAAGAAAUUGUUUCAACAUCAAUCACAUUAACAAAUAAAAAAUUACUAGCACUUUGA